AUGAGCUCGAAAGAGAAAAGCAAGCAUCUUCAUCACGAUCGCAGUGACAAAGAACGUAAGGAAAAUGAUCAUAAGGAUAAGGACUCCAAGAAAGAAAAGAAAUCGAAGAAGGGUGAUGAUGAUUCUAAAGCAGCUCAAGAACCAAUGCCACAGUGGGCACAACUUCCAGUGAAUAAAAAUGAUGAUCCUUUCCGCGAUGACUUCGAAGUUGAAAUCAAAUUCAAGGAAUAA